AUGGAGGACAGCCCCCAAAUCCACUACUACUACCAGUACUAUCCUGCCAAUGUAAAGCGAGUUCUUGCCUCUGGUUCAAGCGCAUUCACCGAUGACACCACCGUGCUCAAGUACCCACUUGCCCCCGGCAAAGACACGAUCCGCCUGGAGACAGAAGGAAAGCUACUGAACAUCAUCGGACCACACGAGCGCAUCAUUCGCCUAAAAAGGAAUCUCAGACGACGCCCUACCAUCUCCAUCCAACAGCGACUAACCUGGUGCCGGGAGACGGCCGAAGCAAUCGUCCAACUACACACCCACAAUAUGAUCCACUGCGGAAUCCAGCCCACAAACCUCCUCCUCGACUGGGAUCUACACAUCAAACUCUCCGAUUUCCAGGGCAGCUCGUCCCCUUACUGUAUCGUCCUAGCAAAGGACCACAUAUCCGCAAACUUGCAAUAA